AUGAUUCCGAGGUUCUUUGCAGCAGACAGGGCUGCUUCAAAGCGGGUCUCUGUUGAACGUUUUGCGUUUCUUUUAGGAAAAUGGCACCAGGGUGUGAAUUGUGCAUCCCGCGGGGAUCACUGCCACCACCCCCUGAACCACGGAUUUGACUAUUUCUACGGCAUGCCCUUCACGCUCACAAACGACUGUGACCCAAGCAGGCCCCCCGAAGUGGACGCCGCCCUGAGGGCGCGGCUCUGGGGUUACACCCAGUUCCUGGCGCUGGGGAUUCUCACGGUGGCUGCCGGCAAGACCUGCGGUUUCAUCUCUGUCUCCGGGAGAGCGGUCACUGGCAUGGCCUGCGUGGUCUUCCUGUUUUUCAUCUCCUGGUACUCCAGCUUCGGGUUUGUGCGACGCUGGAACUGUAUCCUGAUGAGAAACCAUGACGUCACGGAGCAACCCAUGGUUCUGGAGAAAACAGCGAGUCUUCUGCUCAAGGAAGCUGUUUCCUAUAUUGAAAGACACAAGCAUGGGCCAUUUCUCCUCUUCCUUUCUUUGCUGCAUGUGCACAUUCCCCUUGUGACCACGAGUGCAUUCCUGGGGAAAAGUCAGCAUGGCUUAUACGGUGAUAAUGUGGAGGAGAUGGACUGGCUCAUAGUGCUUUCAGUGACCAGUGGCCUCCAGGGAUAAAGCAAUCGCUCGGUGUGCAGGGCAUCCUCCGCACUGCUGAGCCAU